AUGGAAGGCGGUAAUCGACAACCGUGCGGAUUGUCUAUGGCAGGGUAUAAGAACGUAGCAAACAAAUUUCUAGAGAAAACCGGCCUACAACAUUCAGCCAAACAAAUGAAAAACAAGUUUGACAACUUGAAGAAAGAUUGGGUCGCCUGGAAAAAGUUAGAGAAUGCUAGCCACGGCUUGACAGGGCUUGGAUACGACCAUGAGACGGGCUUGAUCACUGCACCUGACCAUUGGAGUAAGCCUCUAAAGCAUGUGGAUCUCAUGGAGCGGGUGUACUCUGGCGCAACUGUGACUGGAAAACAUGCAUGGACUCCAACAGAAGUUCAAGAUGAUGUUCCUGCUGCGACCAAUGCCAUGGACGUGGAUAGCGGGAUAAGACCUCUCAGUGCAGGCACACUACCACAGCCGGGCCAUGACACUAUCGGGGAGAACGUGGUUGAUAGUAGCCUAUUUGAGAAUGCUCCCCCCCAGUCAGCCGUGGACGGAUCAGGCAAUCCAAAACGACGCAAGCGGGCAACGCCUGGUACUGUUGCUAGCAGCAUGGACAAUCUCGUGGAAGUUGUGAGCAAACAAAGCAGGGAGCUGAAAAUCACCCAAUAUGUUGUCACGGGUAAAGGUGACAACACAGUGGGGGAUUGUCUUGCACGGCUUAUGAGCACGCCUGGAUUAGAGACAGGCGGUAAGUUGUUCUCAUUCGCAUGCGGCAUAAUGGAUUCACCCGAUAAUCGGGACAUCAUCAUGGCCCUCCUCCAGAAUUGCAUUGUCAACUGGCUGACUGAAAAGCGUGCCUGCACGCCGGCGAAUGUUGGUAGGGAUCAUGAAGGGGGGACACGGCUGUUCGGGAGUGGUAGUGCUGUUGACUUGGACUAG